AUGCCUUUUUUCCCAGGCCAUCAGUACCUGGGUCCCGGGAAUCCACUGCGCAACGGAGAUCCGGGGGACGAGGACGACGGCAUAGCCAAGUCGCACGACGAAGCCUACGAGCAAACCACAAGUCACGAGGACGUCUUUGCGGCUGACCAAGCACCUGCAGUUCUGUUGAAUGACUUUAGACGCACCGGUAACUGGCAUUCUGCAUUAGGUGCAGUCGGUCUGGGCACGAAGAAUAUUGUAGAACAAUACGUUUUGGCCCGCAGCCUCUAUGGAUUGCCAGGAACGCAAUCGGACGCUCCCGUCCGUCCAGCCGGAGCAGGAAUUGGAGGUGUCGGUGAAAAUUCUGCAGAACUCGUUAAGCAGAUUUCGCGAGUACCUCGCGACCACGGAGUGGUCACAGUGUUCCGUGACAGCAAAAUACUCACCACAUGGGCCUAUGCAAUGCUGAAGACGAAUUUAGUGUAUGACACCGGGAAAACGUUUCCAGGAGUUUUAACUAGCCUCUCACGCUUGCCAGUGGACCGGCCGUAUCUUUACAUUCCUCAUGGCACCUACCUUAACUUACCGUCUCACGCAAGAGCCGUGCAUUGCACUGUCAAGGUUACUCCCCAUGGUCUACGCACCCCUUGGAAGACUGGCUCUUCGGUUAUCCAACCUGUCAACUCUGACAUGCUAGUUUAUGGUCUUAGCUUCGUCGGAUUGAACCACUCCUUGGAUACAGGCAUGUGCCGAGUUAAAAAAGGCGAGACAAACAACCCGAUGAAACCACAGUCUUACACUCCAUUUCAGGAGAAGGACCACGCCGAUCUGGCUAAAAGCUACUGGGGUCCUAAAAUGACACCGGGAAAGGUGGAGCAAAAUGGCUACGACGAAAAGAGCAUACCUGCGUGCAUGGGCGUGUCGCGACACAACUUUGCCUACGAUUUUAUUCACAUUGACAAGGCUAGUCUUUGCUUGACCAAGUUUGUCAACCAGUUUGCCUUCAAAGGCCACAUGGGCACACCCAUAGUCAACAAUGAGUAUUACUUUGGAGGUGACGCGUGGCUAAAGAUGGGUCCUACUUACAACGCGGGGAAUGAGUUGCCAACUCGUACACAGCUAGGCCUGCCUACUGACGUUGUAUCCUACACUACUAGCAACCUGUCAAACUACGAGUCGUACGAGCAAAAGCCAGAUCUGAACGUGACCAUGCGUCUUGAGCCCGACGAUAUGCACACGCGCAACGUGAAAUAUUUAGACCCUAUGGAAAAUACUUACUUUAUCCGUGGUUUGAAACCGAUGAUACACUCCAACAUUCAGCCGAGUUUGAGUUUCGGCGUGUUUGCGGUAAGCAAGUCGAACAAGGACGAUCCAGGCAGUACCAAAACUUUUCAAGAUAUUGCCGCUUUUUUUUUUCAAAAUGACACAGAAUUGGUGGUUCAUUCUGACGUGGACACCAUAGUAGCCGACAGCGUGACUCUGCCGUCAAGCGCGGGGCCAUACUUGCGUCAUACCCCCGAAAACAUCAAAGCAAGUUACAACAGCCUCACACGUCACGGGCGUCCAGUAAACCUUGCUCGCACGGAGACCGAGGUUACCAAACACAAGGCAGCGGAAGCGCAGCAGCAUUCCAAAAUAGCGGAAGCGCAGCAGCAUUCCUUGGUUUCAAGAAGCUCGGUGCCUUUUUUUCCACAAUAA